GCUGCGGUUUGAAAGCCGAGGCUGUGGCGCCUCGUUGCUCGCUGUUCGGUGCUGCUUCGCGGCACGACGUGUGCUCCAGAGUGUGUGCUCCACGGUGUGUGCUAACACAGUGCCGCGAGUCCGACCGACCGGUACCAGCCAGUUGUUCUCCAACCGCGUGUCCGCAGCCGCAAUCGCGGCCGCCGCGCGUUCGCCGUUUCGCGGCGAGUGCUCCGUCAUUAUUAACAUCGGACGUGUUCGUGUUAGGUGAUCCGUCAUAGUCAUCGACUGGCGAGAUUGGUUCCUCCGAGAGAGACGCGUGCUUGAAUAAUCACGGAAACUUGCUUUCGAAAAGAGGAGAGCACAGCAAGAAGAGAGUCAUUCAUCGGCAAGACGAGUUGUGUACGUCUGAGUAUCUUCUUUUUUGCCUCUCAGUGCCGGGCGCCGUAUAGGUCCCGAUCUCCCUUUUACAUUCGAGAAUCCGAGCGAGGAGCGAUCGUAGAGGAUACCCUGGUUGCGGCAGGUCACGAAGAACGGGUUUGAAUAUGGCCUACAUUAUUCGGACUUAUCGGUAAAGGAGGAACCACUGGUCGCCAUACGAGCGACCUGACUAGAAAAGGAUCGGCGAAGAGACUAGAAGAAAAAAAGAAAAAUGGGACAUGCAUGGUGCAAAGAGAAGACCUCCAAGGCCCAAGAUUCCAAGUCCCCGUUGGAUCGGGUUUUCUUACGUUGCGCUCAUCGGAUUUAUCCAAGUUUAAAGGAGGAAGGCUCGGUUUUAGGAGGUGCUACGCAAAGAGUUACGAGCUCCGAAAUAGGAUACGCUGGCUCGCCACCGAGGGAUGUGCUCGCAAGGGGACGCAUAGACUCCGUGGAUAGGCCCUUUCAUCCCAGCGACUGGGUGGACGUUAAUCUAGAAGUGCCUAGCCCGCCGAGAGCGAGCUCGCCUCUUACGAAUUCAACAGCCGACACUAGUCUGUAUCCCGCUACCACACCUACGUCCAGCUGUUCCAAUCUGAAGGACGUCAUUCCUGUGCCACCACCGAGACGAAAAAAGAUAAACAGGGGCAGACCCUUACCGGCGAAACCGGACGAGAUUCCUCAGAGUGUAACCAACAAUUUGAGACGCGAUGGUACGAGCGAGGAACCGUUAUAUUUGUCGGUCAGUUUGCCAAAAACGAACGGCGAUGACCGCGAAGAUGGUGACAUCGAGACACGGAGAACGGGAAAGAUCUGUCCGGAAGAUCCAACACACGAAGGACGAAGGAUGAAGGAGAUCUACGAGCAUAAGGUUAACGGCACCGGAAAGAUAAUAUCCAGCGAGGUUGUUUCCGGCAGGAGGACGACCGCCGACAAGAAAACUUCGAGGAGUUCGGAGUCGGGCUACCAUCACCGGAAAGUUCUCGAGAACGAGGAAUACGAGCGAUUCGCCGGGAGUCAGACGAUCAAGGACUCUUCGACCACCCCUAAUCGCCAGGACAGACGGAAGUCGAAGGAGCUCGAGCAGCGGAUCAGGAAUUUCUCGAGGGACGACGACAGACCGGAAGCAAAUACAAGGACGAAGAACUACAGCACCGUUAGCUUGCCGAAUUACGAUGAGUUGGACGUGUCUAGGCAUCCUGCGAAAAGUACGGCGAAGGACGAGAGAGGCACGGGGGAGAAAAUGAAGUCGAGGAGACCCGUCAGAAGCAGCACCGGCUCGCUUCCGGUCGAAUCUUUCCUGUCGCCUUUCUCCGAGAAAACCAGCGUACGCCUCGAGGAUUAUAUCCCGCGACGUGGGAGCAUCGAGCACCUGUCGGCAUAUCAGGUACUGGGGAAGCUGGGCUCCAGCGAAAACGAGGUCACUGACGGUGGAUUCAUGAAGUACGAUCCGAGUAAAUUGGAGGAUUGGGACCUCAGCGACAUCAGUAAUUGCGACCCGAAUCGGCGUCUCUCCGCCGAGUAUUCGCCACAAAUAUAUAACGACAAAACAGCGGAGGAAAGAUUUUCGAAGGGUAUAGAUGUCGUGGACUAUUCGCAAAAUUCCGAGACCAAGGAGGCCGAAUUGACUGACAAUGAGUUCGAAAUCUCGUGCGUCCGGCAAGAUAUGACUCCGUCGUUACAGAAGCCGGAAUCUUUCGGCAAGGCACCAUCACCGUUUGAUUCCGAUAGAGAAUCAAAAUUUUCCGAUGAUUGGCUCACCGAUCGAGAUAGAUAUUUCGAGCCUCCUAAAAUGUCGGAAAUCUGUCGCGUAUCACCGACUUGCGAGUUAGCGAUGUCGCCAGUUCGCAGGGAGCCAUUCUUUUUGAACGAAGAACGUCAUCGCUCGGCUUUAGAUACGAUCGGAGGGUCCUGCAGAAACGGCACCGUCAUCCGGGAAUCCGAUCGAUCCGGCCAAUCGAGACUGAUCUUUGGCCGUAGUCUGUCGAACGAGAGCGAGCCCUACGACGAUCCGUACGAGUCGAAAGAGCUGCGUGCACAUUCCGACGUAACGAACAAGCUAAUCAGAACGAUAUCGGAGGAAUCGCUGCCGCGGGAGAUGCUGGAGGGGGUCGACGAAGAAAUCAUCGACUUCUUCGAUGAGAAGCAAACCAAGGAUACGACGAACGAAUUGAAGAGGGAGCAGCGGAUGAAAACGCCGCCGCCGAGUCCGGAACCGAAGAUCAAGGCUCAGAUCCUCGACAACGAUCAUUCGAACUUGUUAAAAGUUCUAAAUGACGAGGCGGCAAACGAAAGCAAUCUCAGCUCGAUGACGCCGAGCCUCACCGAGCUGGAGGCGGCGCUUUCGGACAUGUUAGAGAAGGAAGAUCAACCUGAUGAAAUUGCGAAGCGAGAAAAUACAAAUGGAGAUUCUAAACAAGUAGAUUCUACGGAGAAGCUUCUCGAGCCAAAAAUAAUACCCGUAGACAGACACAAUGCAGUCAACAGAGAUAUGCCAGAUCAACAUAGUCCAGUUAACGAUGACGUUCUAGUCGAUAAAACAUCUGAGCAUAAAACAUCGGAUCAGUCGUCCGUAUCCUUGGAACAAAUCCUCGGAGACUCAAUGUCGACACCGAAGAAAAGAAAAGAGUCCUUCUGCCCCUGGGAAGAGAAAGUUAUGAUGGACGUCGAUCUGAAAAAUAAUGAAGAAUCUGAAGCGAAAAAUCUUGAUAUCAAGUCGUCUGUUGUUAUCCCACAGCUAAGGGGAUCCACCUCUGAAUUUUUUGAAGAUAUUCAGAUUAAUAGCAAAGAUAGCGCAAAGUUUAUUGGAGAAGCGCCCGAGAAGCCUAGCAGAAUGUUUCAAAAUUUAGAAGAUGUAGCCGAGGAUUCACAAAUUCCUACGCCGCCACGAAGGAAGAAUAAAAGUUUAGGUUCUACGAAGGAUUCAGUUAGAAUUAUAGAAAAUUACUCCGAAAAUCCCGAUCCCGAUCCCAACGACAGACUUAUUUAAUAAUUUAUAUUGCGUGAUCUCGUAAUCUUUCUGCUGUUAUGUGAUCAUAUGCGAUAAUAUAAUUUUCAAACUUUUUUGUGCCACGUAAAUCGUUAAUACAUUUAAUAUAUUAGUUCGUGCUAUAAUUAAUAACCAUUAACAUGUAAUUAAUAAACAAAACAACAAAAAAAAAAUAAAAAGACAAUUAUAACGCAUA